CAAAGGACGUGACCGCGACCGGCAGGGUGAUGGUAGCCUAUUUACCAAUCUGUGUAUAGACGCUAGAGAGAGAGACAACAGACAACAUUUGUGUAGUAAACUGUUGGCGUGUAAACCAGUGUAAACUGUAAACAGUAAACGAGUGACUGCUAGGCCCUUUAUCAAACGGAACUUUAUUAUUGUUGCUAAAAUGGCAUUUUCGAUAUUCAGACAAUGCGUGAAAACCGGUAUAACAGUUACUAACAGAAGUGCCCUUAUGGAGGGUGUUUUGAAGAACACGCUGAAGAAUGUGAGUUGCAGAUGUGUUCCUGUGGCAGCUGUCAAUUUUAACAAUUCUGUAGUAGCUAGAAGUUAUAGCAAACAUGCAAAACACACACACGCAGAACGGAAAUAUCAGUCAGACUCAGAAUCAGAUAGUGAUCUGGAAUGGAUUGGACACAGAGGUGAAUCAGAUUUUUGGAGAAGAAAAAUCAGAACCUUCCAUGGAAUCCUGGAUUUAAAUAAGGAUGGCGUUAUUUCGUUUGACGACUUUAAACUACUCAGUGAUCGGUUUAUUAAUCUAGGUCAUUUACGUGCAGAACAAGUGAAAAAAUUCCAGGAUGUUCUUAAGAACCUUUGGGAAAAACAGUUUGGAGAAAUAUCCCCCUAUAACCUAGUCUCAGUGGAAAGAUAUUUAGAAAAUAUGCACCACGUGCUCAACGAUAAAAGACUGGUCAGGAAGGCACAUUCCUUUUUGCCUUACUUAUUUAAGGCAGUUGAUAAAGACAGAUCCGGAGAAAUCACCGUAGAAGAAUUUAAAUUAUUUUUCAAUGUAUUGGGCCUCAAAGAACAAGACGCCAUACUAGCUUUUAGGGCAAUAGACUCCAACGGAAACGGAAAAAUUACCCAAAAAGAAUUCGUGAAGCACGGUAGAGAUUUCUUUUUGACUGAAGACGAAGAUAGGAUAAGCAAAUACUUCUGGGGACCAUUACAAGACCACUAAGAUAUUUUAUACCAGUGACGAUAAAACAUGUGAAACAUUACUUUAAGGUCUAAAACAUUUGCAUUUAUAUUUAGGAAAGAGCUUUUUAAUUUUAGCUAAGUUUUAAUUGUUUAUUUGUAUUUUCCAUUUGAAAAUAUAUUUUUAUGCUGUGUAUAAAAAUAUUAAUUUUAUUGUAAGAAAUAAUACAAUGAACUUAAAUUAAAAAUCGAUGUACGUCAUGUUUAGGCUGUUGUCAUGUGGACUUACAAAGUAAACCAAUUAAGUUAGUUUUUCACUCGACACAGGUGUAUUGACGGGUUUAACAGUUGAAAUGUGUAGUAGAUACCUACCUAUGUGGAACUAUUUUUUAUAAUUGCUUAUUUUAUAUAUACGAUUUUUUGUUUUAAAAAUAUCUUUUUUAAUACUAAAAAAUGAUUUGUUCAAAUUU